CUCGCCACUCUACCACGUCCGCGCAUCUCCCUCUCCUCCUUCUGGAAACACCAACACGAUACCGCAAUCAUGUCGCUCACCAACUGUCGCUUCUACGAGGAGAAAUACCCCGAAAUCGACUCCUUCGUCAUGGUCAACGUGAAGCAAAUCGCCGAAAUGGGCGCAUACGUCAAACUGCUCGAGUACGACAACAUCGACGGCAUGAUCCUGCUUUCCGAACUCUCCCGACGACGAAUCCGAUCCAUUCAGAAGCUCAUCCGCGUUGGGCGCAACGAGGUCGUGGUGGUGCUGCGUGUCGACAAAGAGAAGGGUUACAUCGAUCUGUCGAAGCGUCGUGUCAGCCCGGAGGACAUCAUCAAGUGCGAGGAGCGAUACAACAAGUCGAAGAUGGUGCACAGCAUUAUGCGCCAUGUUGCUGAGAAGGCAAAUGUCCCGAUCGAGGAGCUCUACCAGGAUAUUGGCUGGCCUCUUAACAAGAAGUACGGACAUGCGGUGGAUGCCUUCAAGCUGUCCAUUACCAACCCGGAUGUGUGGAGCGAGGUCAAAUUCAAGAACAAUGUGAUUCGGGACGAGCUGCAGUCGUACAUUGGCAAGCGACUGACACCACAACCCACCAAGGUCCGCGCUGAUAUCGAGGUGACCUGCUUCGGAUACGAGGGCAUCGACGCCGUCAAGCGAGCACUUCGCUGCGCCGAGGCCAAGAGCACCGAGGACACCCAAGUCAAAGUGCGCCUGGUCUCUCCUCCGCUAUACGUGCUCACCUGCACGACCGUCGACAAGAGCAACGGAAUCGAGGUGUUGGAGGAGGCGAUCAGAGAAGUUGAUGCGAGCAUCAAGAACGAGAUGGGCACAUGCAUGGUCAAGAUGGCACCCAAGGCAGUCACGGAGAACGAUGAUGCCGAGCUGCAGGCGCUCAUGGACAAGAAGGAGAAGGAGAACAUGGAAGUCAGUGGAGACGAGGACAGCGAGAGCGAAGAUAACGUGGUUGCAUAA